GGCUUCACCGAUGGACUUUAUAUUUAAAUCCAUGCAUGCUCGACGUCAUGUUAAUGCGAAAGUAAUUAACGAUUCAUAUAAAGGGCUGACUAUGGUUGGCUCACAAUCACGUGUAAAAGACACUCGCCCAAGGGUUUGGGGGUGGUUUGGGGUCGGCUACCGAAGUUCUUUGAAGUGAAUGCCACGUGAGCUCUUAUUUUUUCAAAUUGACUGAGGUCAUUCUUACAAUCAUUCGAAGCCGAGGAUAAGUUAGUAAGCAUGAGUAUACGAUAAAAAUAAGAUCGACUUUGCCUAGCUCGGCUCAGCUUGCUGGUUUCAGAGAUUGUGAGCAUGUCAUAGGAGGAUAACAAGUAUAUCCAACGCUCCAUUCAGUAUGUCAUUCAAGAGGUUUCAUGCAGCGAGGUCAAGUGUCUUUGUGCUGGUUGUGUUUUUAAUUAUUUUAGACAAUCAGCCUGUUAUAAGCCACCUCAAUAUACCUUCGAGCGACGCUGAAAUCUUUGAAACACAAGCUAAGCAAGCUAAAAAGGCGAAUGUAAGAGCAAAACGAUUUGUACUCGACAACGCUGACGAAACAAACGACAACAGUGGAGACGACAAUGAUCAGCUCAAUAGUGUUAACAAAAUUGAAGAAGCAUCCGAUGACUACUUUGCUAGCAAUAUCAAGCCUGUGCAGACCACAACCGAUAGCAUAAACCCGCUGUUUUCAAGUACAAACACGCCAGGAGCAACAAAGAGCGGACUAGAAACAGAUGCCAAAGAUUGUUGUGCGUUUUUGCGGAUGGGCCAUUUCGACGACUUCGAACUGUGUUUGGGUGAGCGCUGCUUGUCACCGAGCACGUGUGAUGGACCAGAGAUUCUGGAAAAUUGUUUCUUCAGUGGAAAGUAUUAUCCUGUCAAUUCUACCAUGCAUGUAGACGAAGCAAAAUGCUUUGUCGUAAAGUGCGUCAAGAACAACGGAAAAGAACCGCCUUCAGCGCAUAUCAACGACUUUGGGACCAACUGUUGUGUCCGGGAUGGCCAACUGUAUCAAGAUGGAGCACAGUCAGGGCAUCAGACGUGCCAAAAGGGAAAUUGGUCAGAGGAAGUCACUGCUCCAACAACUACGGCGUGGACCACAGUCUCCGUCACCCCAGAAAACGCGACACUACCGACAGAGACAGCGACUUCCGCAGCAACGCUGGAAAUUGGAACCAGUCCCUCUUUAUUUACUAAUGCGACCAGCGAACAGCCAGAAAUGCAGCUACAUACAACAAUGGCUACCAAUGUUUCAGAGCAAGAGGCUUCUACGUCUGCCAGACCUGGGGAGGAAAUGGAGACAACUGAAACAACGCAACGUAUCACAGAAAGGCAAACAACAUUUUCGAGGGUCGAAGAAACGCCCCCACCAACUGCAGUGCCAACUUCUGAAAUUUUGCCUUCGACGCUGGCUGUAGCGAAUCUGACCCAUAUGGACGAAGAAGGCCUAAACACUUCUGCGGCGGCAACCAGACCGUCUUACAAUGCCACACAGCCAACGCCUGAAACAGCGUCAGCAUCAACACCCUUUCAGAUAUUCAGAAGACGAUCAGAAAUAGUAUCGGAAAACGCGACAAAGGAUCCUGACCAGCGCAAUGACACAUUUCGUGUAACAAGCGAGAUAAAACAUACCACCGAAAUGUCUACUUCCACCGGUCAAACAGAUGAGGUCACAGAACCUCUUGGAACGCAGUCGCCCAUUGACAGUAGUUUUUUAUUAGAUAACGGCACAGCUUUUCAACCUUUCAACGAAACUCAUGAGUCAAUGAAAAACGUUGGUAAUAUGUCUUCAAUGGAAAGCCCUACGAGUGUUCCUAGUAAUGUCACAUAUUCAACGACAGAAAUUACUUCAAUCGAAGAAACAAGUCGAACAACUAUUGCAGGGGAAGCUGAGCGUUUUGAAACAACACUACCUUCAAGCACUUCAAGAACUGCGAUAAAAACAGCUUCACCUUCGUUAACAGUUACUCAUAGUAUUGAAGAAAACACAACAGAGAUGAUUACUUCUAAUGCAACUUCAACUACUCGUGCUAUUGAAGAGUCACAUGUGACAGGAACGCACGAAACAAACGUCACAUCAGAUGCACCAACAUCAUCCCGUAACCACACUUCUGCAGACAUCACUGAUCUGCACACAGCUGCAUGGCUGACAAAACCCCAGACGACAAAAGAACCGGUAGAUUUCACAACUGAAGUGACUGCAGACAGAAGUCAUGCAACAACAAGCCCAACACACGCGGAGUCUGAAAAACCAACUGUCGCUGAUAUGGGUUCCGCGGCACCCGUCAGUUCUGCGACUCAGCCCGCCAAAGGGACAGAUGCCUCCAACAUUUCUGCUGCUGUUACUCACACUUCAAUUGGCGUUACUGAGAGCACCACCAGCACUUUGGUCGGUGAAAGUCUCAUAUUAGCAACGAGCACUGCAACACCUGAUCUACAGUAUGCUAAAGAGGACCAAAAUGGCUCCACACAAACCACCAAAGGGCUAUAUUUUAUCAUAUCAUCAUCCACAGCAUAUGACACUCAUACAGACACAACAGACACUACCCAUACAGCCACAACAUACACUGCACAAGCAGCCACAGAACACACUACACCUCCAGCCACAACAGACACUAAACAUGCACUCACAACAGACACUACACAUGCAGUCACAAAAGAUACCGCAAGUGCAGCUACAACAGAAACUACACAUGCAGCCACAACUGACAUAACACAUGUACCCACAGCAGACACUACACAUGCAGCCACAACAGACACUACCCAUGAAGCAACGACAGACACUAUACAUAUAGCAACAACACACACUACACAUGCCGCAACAGCAGACACUACACAUGCAGCCACAACUGACACUACGCAUCCGGGAACUACACAUGCUGCCACAAAAGACACUUCUGAAACAGCUGCAAUAGACACUACACAUGCAGUCACAACUGACACUACGCAUACAGUCAUAACUGACGCUACCCAUGCAGGAACAACGGGCACUACCAAUGCGACUGCAACAUACACAACACAUGCAGCAACAACAGACACUAAACAUGUAGCUACAACUAACGGUGCUUAUCCAGGUACUACACAUGCAGCUACAACUGACACUACGAAUCUAGAUACUUCACAUGCAGCUACAACUGACACUUCUUACCCAGAUACUACGCAUGCAUCCAUAACUGACACCACGCAUCCAGAUUCUACACACGCAGCCACAACAGACACUACGCAUUCAUACUCUACACAUGCAGACACUACUAACGCAGCCACAACAGACACUACACAUGCAGCCAGGGCAGACACUACUCAUGCAGCAACAACAUACAUUACCAAUGCAACUGAAACAGACGCUAUAUAUACAGCCACAACUGACAUUACGCAUGUAACCACAACAGAUACUACACAUGUAGCAACAACAGACACUACCAAUGCAAAUACAACGGGCACUACACAUGCAGCCACAAUAGACACUACACAUGCAGCCACAACUCACAUUACACAUGCAGCCACAACAGACACUGUCCAUGCAGCAACAACAGACACUACUAAUGCAACUGCAACAGACACCACACAUGCAGCAGCAACAGACGCUACACAUGCAGUCACGACAGACACUACACAUUCACCCACAACUGACACUACUUAUCCAGACACUAUGCAUGCAGCCACAACUGACACUACGAGUGUAGACACUACACUUGCAGCUACAACGGACACUACUUACCCAGAUACUACGCAUUCAGCCACAACUGACACCACGCAUCCAGAAACUACGCAUGCAGCUACAACUGACAUAACGCGUUCAGACGCUACACACGCAGCCACAACAGACACUACCCAGGCAGCAACAACAGACACAACCCAUACAGUCACAACAGACACUACACAUGCAGCCACAACAGGCACUACACAUGCAUCCACAACAGGCACUACCCAUGAAGCAACAAAAGAAACGACACAUGCAGCUAUAGCAGACACCACACAUGCAGCUGCAACAGACUCUACACAUGCAGCGACAGCCACAACCGACACUAAGCAUCCAGACACUACACAUGCGGCUGCAACAGACACUACACAUGUAGCUGCAACAGGCACUACACAUGCAGCUACAACUGACACUUCUUAUACAAACACUACUCAUAUAGCUACAACAGACACUACACAUGCAGCAGCGACAUGCACUACAAAUGCAACCGAAACAGAUAUUUCGCAUGCAGCCACAACUGACAUUACGCAUGCAGCCACAACAGAUACUACACAUGUUGAAACAGCCGACACUACACAUGUAGCAGCAACAGACACUAUUAAUGCAACUGCAACAGACACUACAUAUUCACCCACAACUGACACUACUUUUCCAGACACUAUGCAUGCAGCCACAACUGACACUACGGGUGUAGCCACUACACUUGCAGCUACAACGGACACUACUUACCCAGAUACUACGCAUUCAGCCACAACUGACACCACGCAUUCAGAAACUACGCAUGCAGCUUCAACUGACAUAACGCGAUCAGACACUUCACAUGCAGCCACAACAAACACUACCCAGGCAGCAACAACAGACACUACCCAUACAGUCACGACAGACACUACACAUGCAGCCACAACAGGCACUACCCAUGAAGCAACAACAGACGCUACCCAUGCAGCAACAACAAACACCGCCCAUACAGUCACAACAGACACUACGCAUGCAGCCACAACAGACACUACACAUGCAGCCACAACAGGCACUACCCAUGAAGCAACAAAAGAAACUACACAUGCAUAUAUAGCAGACACCACGCAUACAACUUAUCCAGACACUACACAUGCAGUCACAACUGACACUACGCAUAUAGACAGUAAACAUGCAGCUACAACUGACACUUCUUAUCCAGACACUACACAUGCAGCCACAACAGACACUACACAUGCAGCAACAGCUGACACUACCAAUGCAACUGAAACAGACGCAACACAUGUAGCUACAAGUGACGUUGCACAUGUAGCCACAACAGAUACUACACAUCUGGCAACAAUCGACACUACACAUGCUGCCACAACAGACACUAUGCAUGCAGCUACAACAGACACUGGGUAUGCAGCCGCAACAGACACUACACCGGCAGUCACAACGGACACUGAGCAUUCAGACACUACACAUGCAGCCACAACUGAUACAACUUAUCCAGACACUACACAUGCAGUCACAACUGACACUGAGCAUCCAGACACUACACAUGCAGCUGCAACAGACACUACACAUGUAGCUGCAACAGGCACUACACGUGCAGCUACAACUGACACUUCUUAUACAAACACUACACAUGCAGCUACAACAAACACUACACAUGCAGCAGCAACAUACACUACAAAUGCAACCGAAACAGACAUUUCGCAUGCAGCCACAACUGACAUUACGCAUGCAGCCACAACAGAUACUACACAUGUUGGAACAACCGACACUACACAUGUAGCAACUGUGGUAUCGCGAAUUGUCCCCCUCCGCCCGGGAGCUGGCGACGCCACUGGCGGCGCCGGCACGCAGACGCGGCGGCUCGAGAGAGUCGGUCUGGCGCGCGUGUCGGGUGCGGUCGUGAGCCGUGUGCGCGGUGUGCGGUGGUCGUCGCGUCGCGGUCAGCACAGACUAGUGUUCGUGUAUGAGCCCAGAUUGCCUCAGCAAUAAACUUGUCUCCACGA